CGUGCUUUUAAGAUAUAAUGGCAGCAUGCUCUUAAGAGCAGGGAAGGGAUGAUUUAUCAGAGUGGCAAAGGGGCUGGGAGACAAGUCUUGCUGCAGUCCUAAAAAGUGUACAGCUGUCAGCUAGCUGGAGAAGGGGAAGGGCGUGCGAGAGCAAUCUGCUGCCUCCGUUCCUGGUUACGAGCUUCGGGGGUUUGUGACAUCGUAGUUCUUGGUAACGCUGGAGUCUGAGUGCAGCUACUGAAAAGUCACACAGCUGGCAGUGAAUGCUACUCUCCUUUCAAGGUAUGUUGGAAUACGGCUUUGCUGUCUGUUUUCCUUAAAAGCGAAGGAUCUCCCUGAAAACAACUGAAAGCCAGCAUUUGCUUCUGAUGGAAGAAAGUAGAAAAGGCUUAGUUUAAAAUGAAAGGCUGAAGGGACCAUUAAUGAGUGAUGGGCUCUGCUGGAAAGGCUUUUCCUCACACCAUGACAACUGAUGAGUCAGAAGCUGGAGAGUUAGCUAUGGAGCCCCUGUUCAGUUGCAAGCUUUGUCUCUGUGAAUAUUCCCUGGAUAAGAUGACCAUUCUUCAGGAAUGCAGCUGCAUCUUCUGCACGUCGUGCCUGAAACAAUACGUGCAGCUGGCAAUCCAAGAAGGUUGUGGUUCUCCUAUCACUUGUCCAGACAUGCUUUGCUUGAGCAAUGGGACCCUGUAUGAAGCAGAGAUUGCCUGUUUGGUACCCAUUGACCAGUUUCAGUUAUACAAGAGGCUGAAGUUUGAACGAGAAGUCCACUUGGAUCCCCAGAGAACAUGGUGCCCUGCAGCUGACUGCCAAACGGUGUGCCAUGUUGUACCGAGCAAGUCAGGAGCGCCGCUGCCCAUGGAGUGCCCAACUUGCCACCUCAAGUUCUGCUCUUCCUGCAAGGAGGCAUGGCACCCACAACACCUGUGCCAGGAAAACCAGCCUAUUCUAGUACCAACUGAGCAGGGAUCACUUCUUGGAACGGCGACAGAAGCACCAAUUAAGCAGUGCCCGGUUUGUCGGAUCUAUAUCGAGCGAAACGAGGGCUGUGCUCAGAUGAUGUGCAAGAACUGCAAGCACACGUUUUGCUGGUACUGUCUACAGAACUUGGAUAACGAUAUCUUCUUAAGACAUUAUGACAAAGGGCCUUGCAGGAACAAGCUGGGCCACUCGCGGGCGUCGGUGAUGUGGAACAGAACGCAGGUUGUGGGGAUCCUUGUUGGACUCGGUAUCAUAGCGUUGGUGACCUCCCCCCUGCUGCUCGUGGCAUCCCCAUGCAUCAUCUGCUGCAUCUGCAAAUCUUGCCGAAGCAAGAAGAAAAAACACAGCCCGCCAACAACAUAAACCCCUGUGUCUGCCUGAGCCUCUAUCUGUAUGGCAUAUGUAUGUGAGGAAGCACAGUGGUUGUAUUUUGGUGCCAUACCUACCAAAUAAUACUCCCUUUUUCUGCCAAUCCUUGGGAAAAGUGCCUAUUCUUUACAGGCUACUCUAUCACUAACGAGUCACAGCGUGGGAAAAGUCUAGAUGGUUGUGCAGUAUAUAACACCCUUCAGUAGUUCAUACCCUAAAAUACGAACCACUGCUAGAACUUUACCAUCUUCCAUCAGCUGCAUGUGACUCGAUCCUGCAGUAUUACUCUGCCUUUGCAGACCCAGUCAUUACUGUCACGCUUUCUGUUGCUUCGUGGAGACACUCAGAUUUCUCAGGAAUCUGGUAGAAGAGGGAGAAGCCUGAUUAAGUUCUUCUGUCUGCUAGUGAAAGGUAACAAACUGUUAAGAAAAUACAUCUGACAGUUCCCUGUCAAUUGGCUGCCAUGGUACUUGUUUUAGCACUGAAAUAAGUGUGGUUUACACCACUGAUCUCAAUCACAGGAUGAAAACCCAACAAGUUUCUAACUAAGGUAGGACUCUCAUUUGACACACUGGACUACUGAUAUUUUUUCAGAUCAAACAUGACAUAUCUACCUUAAAAUAUUAGGAGUAUGCAGAUUUCCCUGCCAUUGGGUAUGCCUUUUGUCAGUAACGUGGGUGUAGCAAACUCAGCGUGCAGAAAGAAGGAAGGAACGCGGUGCAACAGCUCAGGGCCCAAACACACCCCACUUUCUGCAACUGCAAGAAGUUUCUCUGGAUUAUGGUUUGGAAGACAGUUGAACGUGUCUGCUGGCAGCUGGUAAUUCUAAAGGAGUGUCAGGAGAGUUAUAUUUCCAAGUACUUCCUUUUAAGAAAGGCCACGAUGCAGUUUGGCGUUGGGAUCUGGCUGUAUGUACACAGCGUGGCCAUGGACACACCAAGUACUCCGAGUACUUAUGCACAAUUUUCUGGGCAGCCGGUAUACUUUUUUCAACAGUUUACAUGGAGUGGCAGCAAGAACCCUGUUAAAAAGUUACUCAAAGCUAAGCCAAACCCUCCUUUAAAACCUCCUGGAGCUGCUGAAGGGAGUACUAGAGAAGUGCUGUGCAAGCGUAAGCUCUGUCUGUUUGUGGGUGUUUCUUCUGCCCCGCUCGAGGUGAACAAAGUCUGUUACUGCUAAGUCUUAGUUAUUCUAAAUCUGAAAGGCUGUCAGUUAACGAACCCUUCAUUUUAAUUUGGUGCCUCACCAUCAAACUGAUCCAUGCCCUGGUCUCAGUACCACCUGUAUAAGCUCUCUGAAACCUCACCCAAGAGCUGGAGUUACUGCAGGCUCACUCAGGAGUAGCUGAGAACAGCCUCUGCUCCCCGGAGUUCAUUUCCUUAUUGGCUGGUGCUCCUCACAGCCCCGGCCAGCGGUGGCUUUUGUUCUGUGCAUUUUCUGUCUGUGGGAACUGACACGAGUUUGCACUGUGUAAUGGGUUGUAAUUCCACCCCCCUUUGGGUAAGGGCUGCGAGGUUUGGACGAGCUGGUUGCCCGUGGGUGGCAUGGGGCUGCCCCUCGGCUGCAGGAGCCUCUGCUGUGGCCCUGGGCUGAGCCUCAGGAACUUUGCCUUCUUGGCAGCCGUAAAUGUGACCUUUUGUUUCUGUUUAACUUCUCUCUCUGGUUACUGUAACAGAAGUGGUAGAUGUUGUUAUUUUAAGAGAGCCUGGUCUGUUGAGCAGACUAGCAGGGACAAAGGCCUUAAAUGAUAUUGUCUGUUUUACUUUUUAAUUGAGUUACGUUAUAAAUACUGUCUGACUUUGCUUCCAGUGGUGACUGGAGGGCAGGCAGCGCUCACCAGUGGGAAAGGCUAUAUUUAUUCUCCAUCCACAGCUUCGAAGGGAAGCAGAGAGGUAGUCAGAACAUUCUAAAUACUGAGUGCAAUACAGGCAACUGCCAUUUGUAAUAAAUAGAGAAUGUUUUCUGUGUGUGUUUUCUUUAAGAGCAGUAAUGGUAGUGCUUGGGGCUACUUGUGACAGAUUAAAGUGUCCAGCCCUUGGCUUUGCACUAUUUUUCUACCUACGUUUUUAUGGCACUACUGUCAUUUCCAUUUUAUUUAUGAACUUGAAGUUGAAAGUCUUACUUUAACAAAGCCUCAAGGACAAGGACAUAGGAGCUGUACAGUCUCUUUAGCCAUAACCAGCAUUGCAAUGUACCAGUAUCCUUUGCAUGUUAAAAUUAAUGAGUUUUUCAUGAUUUGUGGGCUUACCUAUGUCCAAUGUGCCCUUUGCUAGUCUACUUUCUUUCCUUGUCCUCUCCCUCUCUUUCCCUUGGCUUGUUUUUGCUAAAAUCCCUAAUGGAAUGAACAUGUCUCCUGUUUUGUUUUUUCUCAUUAAUGCUGUUGUGUUAAUGAAAGUGCCAAGUUCUUCCCAAUGCACCUGAAGGUGGUUGUCUUCCCAGAGUACACUCACGGACACAAGGUCACUGUUUGAACUGCAAUACAAGUUUGUAUUGCUGGUGCCAAUUUAGAUUCCUGGUGGGGGUACCAAAAGCAGGAGGAGUUAAUAUUUAGCACAACCUGACAGCCAGAGUGCCAGCCCAGGCAUGUGGGGAGCCUGUAUGCAGAUUGGUAGCAGCAGCCCAGGCUUUAGCUGGGUAAGGAGAGCAUGAGCUACAGGCCCAUCUUCCUAUGACUGUGUAGAUGCAGCAAUUGACCAAGAAAGAAGCCCUAGAAAUACUUCAGAGCUUAAAAAGGUUGUUUUUUAAAGAAAAAGACUGUUUCCAGUGCAGCACUUACCCUGGCUUCUCAGUGCAUAGGGCUGCUUGAUUAUGUGCAUGUAGUAGACCCUGACCUGGUCAGCACCUGAGGGCACACCAAAUCUGCUGAGCUAGCAGGACUCUGCUAACUCUGUGCUGAGGUGCUGGGAGCAGCAGGGCCCUGUUGCCUUGUUUUCCAGAAAGCAGCUAUUUUGCACCAGCUGGUCAUGCUCACAGAGUUUUCAGAGAGACAUUUUAGCAGCAAUGUUUUUACAGUGUUGGGUUUUGUUGUUUGUUUGUUGGAGUUUUUUUCACUUUAGAAGAAGAAGUCACUGUAAAAGGGAUUUAUUGUGGGUGGCAGCCAGGGGAGAUCUUAGGGUGCAAGAUCUGAGGUCUGUGGUCCUAGCAAGAGAGGUUUUAGGCCAUUAAUGUUACCUUUCUAGUGUCCACAGAUAUCUCUCUUGGAGAACAAAAGUGGCAGCUCCUCCAUUCAGUCUGAAGCAGCAGCAUUCAGCCCCGCUGAACAUUGAGUUUAACGGUCAGAGCCUAGAGACAAAAUCUGAACAUCUUACUGCAACUGGCCACAAAUCUCCAUGGCCACAUGUCUCAUGGUAAUCUCACAGCAGUCACUGGAGCUGUGUCAAAUACAGCUGAGGAUCCCACUCAGCAUCUCACAUCCAGGGGUUAAAAUGAUGAUGAUGCCUGCUCCCCAAAGCACCUGUUCAUAAACAAAGCAUUUGUCAUUCUGUGGCGUGGGAGAUGGUCAAUGCUGCUCUACAGUAAAUGAUUUCUUAAUUGGUGCAGGGGGUUACUCCAAAGAAGGAUGAGAGAACUAACAGUAACUAAUGUUUCUACAGUCCUUUAAUGAUGGUAAAUGCUAUGUACUGUUGUCUAUCCAGUAACAUGGCAUGAAGUCCAAACAUAAGUUUAAAAUGCACGUGAUUUUUACUUGAAUGAACUAAGAGAGACUGGAUUUUACCUUCAGAUUUGCUUGCAGGUGUACAAGUGAACAGAAUCAACUGUAUUGCCACAACUGGCCACUGAAAUCACCUUUUGGCUGCUCUGUCCUCUGGUACCACAGUGGGUGGUUGUGCUGUUGUUCCUGCCACUUAAUUUCCAAUCUGUUCUGUGCUGUGAUCUCCUUCUCCCACUCACUCUCAUCUUUCUCAAACUGAUUCCUUUCAUCCUCUAUCUCAAGCCAAAGAUUCUUAGAGUGAAACUAGUAGAUUUCUCUGCAUGAGGAUAAAAACCUCCCAACAGUUUUCCCCCAGUUUUUAAUUUGAUGCUGAGAUAAAUGACCAAAGAUAGAAAUUCCAGGCUUGGCUUGUUUAGAAGAACUCGUUCAGACAUAUGAAGUUGCCUUCAAAGACCUAAAUAAGGACAGCUUUGUAAGAGCUGGUGGGUAAAGGAGCUCUACAGGUUUGGAGCUUCACAGGAGAGAUGCUGCUGUUGCUGAGCAGACUGUUUUGGAAAUGUACUGGGAAAACAAAACCUAGAAAAAUCUACAUCUCCAUUUAUCAUGUAUAUCACAAAAGUGUUGUUUGUAUACCCUCAUGUCUGAGGGAUUCAAACCCUCAAAACCCUUACUUACACAGUAAGAUGAUUAAAAAAAUACAUAGUAAACCAGUUGAACAGAGGGUGCUAGUUGUAAAAGAGUUGUAAGACAUCUCUCACACAGAAGUGUGUAGAAUCAGACCCUAAUUUAUGUGGCUGGCAACAAAGAUGUGAAAUAUUCUCUCUCCUGGGGUAAUGAGAGUGGAUUCUCCUGUGAUCUGCUGGAAGGUAAACUUACUGCUGAGGUGCUGGAAAGCUUCAGUUUAAUUUUGUGUUUGUCCUUUAGUUAGUGAAGUAACGAAGUGAGAGCUGGGUGGUUUGAACAGGAAGCCCAAAGGUCUGGUUUGUGUCACUGCACUCAAGUUUUUAUAAUUUAUAAUUCCUCCAUGUAUAAUUUAUAAUUAGUAAUGAUAAAAUAUUGAACUUGAAGCAUUGUUGCCUUUUAGCAUCUGAUUGAUUUAUUUGAAUAGCCUUCAUACUGGAAGCCUUUUCUGCUUCCUGAGGAGAAGGUCAUGGUGUUCCUGGCAAGGUAAAUUCCUAUGGUUUGGUGCAGUCCACAGUACAUAUUUGCUGCUGGUUUUUAGUUAGUGGCUUUGUUAUGCUCCUUCAGGUUAGUCCCAACAAAUCUCUACUGUUAGGAAAGGUUUCCUAGCAGUGGAUUUUAUUGACUAUCACAAUUUGGGCUAUACAAGAGGAUACUGGUUGACAAGAUUCACCAGCUCUUUAGAGGACACAACUACAUCCUUUCCUCUUCUGCCCAAGAGGCUUUCUCUUUUCUGGGCUGAAAAGUGAGGACUUCAGUCAGCUGCUUGUGCCUUCUGGAUGUCCAAACCGAUGCAGCAGCUUCUGGUGGCCACGUGCUGGGAGAUCCCAGGCAGGCUGAAUGUGUGAUGCUGUGGCAUGUGUGCAGCGAGUUGCCUGACUAUCAGGAAGGUGCCUGAGCUUUGCAGGUUGCUGGGGCCUGUGCAGGGGACCUGGGGCAGGAGGGACACAUCCCACAGCAUGUGGGAUGCUGGGCUGGGCCGUGUCACCACGCCUGAGCCUGCCCCAGAGUUUCAUCAGCUCCCCAUCUCAAGCUGACCGUUGCCAUAGCUACCUGCCCACCCUCAAAACUCCCCACAUUCCACAGCAAAUCUCUGCUCUUUUCACCUUCCAGUCUCUGCUACCAGCCUGUUUCAGAGAAACCUCAGCUCGGAGUUAUUUGGAGCUCAGCUGUUCUAAGCAUUCACUUCACCUAGUGACCAAAUCUUGUGAAGAAAAGCUGCGCCACGCUGACUUCAGCAUCACUGCCCCAGCAUUGCUUAUUUCUCAAAACAAGUACAUCUUUCAACCAUGUGUGAUUGGAAGGGUCUGAGUCUGAUGCUGAGCUGUGUUUCUGAGCAGCUGAGGACCCCGUCCCGUCCCACUGUGGCACAUGGGCGGAUUCACCCUCAGCACCUAGCUGAUGUUUCCCUGGUACAUGUUUAGGCUUUACCUUCUGUUUACCUGAGUUCUGUUGGUUCGGGUUUUUUUCCCCCUUUUCCUCCAGGUAAUACACUUUCUUCACCACUUUUCUCCUGGUGAAGGGCAAAAGGGUUUGAUCUUUGUAAGAUUUGUUACAAUAUUUCUGUGUUUCUAUGAGGAAAGCUGAGAUAUACAGAGACAAGUGCUUUUGUAAGUGUUUUGUUGUCGUAUGGUUCAGCAUUCAGAGGUUUGACAAACACAGUAUUUUGCACUCUCUCUGCAUAAGAAAGGUAUUUAUUUUCUGUCUUUAAGGUUUACUUUGUUGGUUGUUUUAUUUUUCUCUUCGAAUGUUAUGAAAUGCAGUA